AUGAUGCGGCCUAGAGACCCGCGAGUCCGCCGGACGAUCAACCAAAUCUCCCAUAACCUCGAGGCCGCGAAUGAGACGGCCCAGGAAGGUCUCUAUACUUUCUCCCAUGAGUACAUCUUGCCAUGCUUUGCGACCAUUGGGAACUGCAUCUCCGCAUGCACGGGGCCCUGCAUUCCGAGCCGCGAGGAUCAGCUCCGUCGCCGUAGAAGGGGCCGAGCAGAAUCCAUCUUUGACUUCUAUGAUGACUGGGAUAACGACGACACAAACGACAGCCUAUUAGGGUGGGGCACCGACGAGCUCGAUCGGUUGCUGGCAGGGAGUGGCCUGACGCGUGCAAGCUCCGAGCAGCCUCGCCGACCGCGGAGAAUGAGCUAUGGUGCUCGGCGUACUCGAAGGAAAAGCGGUCUUCUUGUUCCCGAUGAUGGUAAUGAUCCAACGGUUAUCCCAAGCUCGUCGUUCCUGGGUUUUCUCGAGCGGUUCCCAUGGAGGUGGGGAGCGCGAGGAUUGAAGUAUCGACCGUCUGCCGCAGAUCUCCAGGAGCAUCCUCAGGGGUUGCGGUGGGACGCAUAUGAGGAAGAGCCUCUGAUUGAGGCAGCCGAGGAAGCUGAGGGACCGAGCUCCGCAGCGGGCAAGAAUGGAAGAUACCGUAGUUCGACCCAGUCGUCGCAGGAGACAGCGACCUCGCUGAGUUCACGUGGGGAUCUGAUCCCUAGCGAUGAGGAAGAAGAUGCGGUACCAUUGGACGACGAGUUUGCCAUGGGACUGCAUAGUCGUCGAGGAACUGGAGUAGAGUCGGAUGACCAACUAGGGGACAAACCUGCGAGCAUACGGUCGACCUCCGGAACAUUCAGUUUAGCGACGACGGACUCAAAGGACUCCAGGAAGAACAAAAAUAAAAAAAAGCGAAACAGUCGGCUUCGAUCUUCCCACGGCUCAUACGUCGACAUCGCACAAGUUGCCACGCUUUCUCUGGCAGAUCUGCAAAAGGAAGACGAACGCGCUGCAUUCGAAGAAGAGUCGGAGGUUCUACGGAAACGACAUGCGGCGCACCAGCUGGCAUCCAGUCACGGCCUAGAAAAAGGAAAAGAAUGGGCCACCUCUUGCUCCCUAUCCCCACGCUCCCCGGCUGUCUCGUCCGAUGUCGUCAACGAAUCAUCUCUGAACACUCCUCUCGAGCCAACAGGGAGACACGAUCCAUCUAAUGAUGCUGCCAGCAUUUCUCAACCCGUCGAUCAGUCUGAAUUGGAGCCUUUUCCCUCUCUUCCUCAGACUCCUUCUACGACAGAUACACCAAGCCAAACAUACUAUUCGGAACAUGAACCCCAGGUAGAUUCUAUGGAAGGCCAUUCGCAUAAGCCCACCAACGAUGGGCCCCAUAAUGACUAA